GUGAAAAAAUCUAUCGGGAUUUUUCUGUGUGUGAACAAGAAAAAAAAAGAAUAGAUAAAGAGAAUAAAAUAAAGAAAAGAAAUCUGGAAAUGGCUUUAAAGAAAACGUCAGCUGAAACUAAGAAAUUAGCUAAGAAGCUUAAAAGGGUUGUUAAAGAAGGGGGACCAGAAAAAACAGAAGAUUCAAAAAAGUUGAUAAACGGAGUUCGAGAAAAUCAAGUUAAAGAAAAACAAAAUGAUGUGGAAGCGACCAAGAUCCAGGAUGUUGAAGAUGAAAAUAAAAAGUUAGCCGGAAAACAGAACAAGAAGUUAAAAUUGGCUGUUAAAGAAGGGGAAUCAGAAAAGUUUAUUGAUGGAGUUCGAGAAAAUAAAGUUGUUAAAAAAGAAAUAGACGUGGAAACGAAGAAGCCUGACAAAACAAGCAGUAAAACUUUUAAUAUUGGAGACUUCGUGGUUAUAAGUUACCAAAAGAAGAGGUAUCCAGGUUUAAUAAAAAAUAUAGAUCAGGGUGCCCAAGAAUCAGCGUUAUGGAAAAGAUAAAACCAAAUUUUUGGAGAUGGCCCAAAAAUGUGGACCAAAUUUGGUAUAAGAGAAAAUUUGUUUUAGAAAAAAUUUCAGAGCCAAUAUCAUCCAAAGGCAGUAUAUAUAAUUUAAAUAUUUGAUAAUUAAAAAAACCUUAUUAAAAAUAAACCUUAUGUUCAUUUACUAGUCUUAUAGUUUUCAUUUAUUG